GAAUACAACCUACGGAGUGUACGAGUUGAAGUGUGAAAAGGGCUCCAAAGCCGCCCCCUAUAUUGCGCUCCAUGGGCGCCAUUUUGUCCUUUUAACACUAAGGGGCAAUAAUGCAGCACUUUCCAAGCCCCACGAAAGAAAAAAAAGUGACAGACCUGUAGCUACUACCAAUCAAUGAGAAAAACAGAUUGACUGGCUUUCACAAAUACAACUUUAAAUUGACUCUCUUAACCAAAAGACACUCCAGAGACUAACGACAGUAUAUAUUGGUAUCCAAUGAAUUUCAUAUCAUUAAGUAGACCACAUAAAAUCAUUGAUUUACCUCAUCUAGUCUUGUUUUAGGGAAAAGAAAAAAAAAAGAGAAACCUGCCUGUAAUAUGGGCAUAAGUUGCAAUCUUUUCUUUGCUUUUGUAGUUUUCUUUCUGCUUCAUCGCUAUGCUAUACUGGCUAUUGGUCCCAAUAUUAGCACGGACGAAGCUGCUCUUCUUGCCUUGAAAUCACAUAUUUCUCCUUAUCGUAACAAUAUCUUAGCAAGCAACUGGUCUUCUUCAAGCUCAGUUUGCAGCUGGAUUGGAAUCACUUGCAGCUCUCGCCAUCGUAGAGUCACAUCUUUAGACAUUUCUAACAUGCAACUUCAUGGUACCAUUCCUCCACACGUUGGAAACCUCUCAUUUCUUGUUUCCCUCGACAUCAGAAACAACACUUUCCAUGGAGAAUUGCCAAAAGAGUUGGCUCAUUUGCGGAGGUUGAAAAUGAUCGAUUGCUCCAGAAAUAACUUCACCAGAGUCAUACCAUCAUUUUUAAGUUUGUUACCAAACCUUCGCUUUCUGCAACUUUCGAGAAAUCAGUUUUUCGGAGGAAUCCCAUCUUGUCUUUCUAAUCUAACAAAGUUGGAAGAGUUAAAGAUGUCCAAAAAUUUUCUCCAAGGAGAGAUCCCUCAAGAAUUUGGUCAUUUUCGUUACAUGACUAUUUUAGACCUGCAAUUCAACCGGCUUACUGGCUCUAUACCACCAUCAAUCUUUAACAUUAAGACAAUGCAAAUCAUUGCUCUUACUGGUAACAACCUUACCGGUAAGCUUCCAGAAACUAUAUGCGACCAUCUCCCAAACUUGGAAGGACUUCACAUUGCAAAUAACAACCUACAUGGCUCUAUUCCACCAAAGGUAGAAAAAUGCAGAAAGCUCGAAGUCUUGGCAUUGUCAAUUAAUGAAUUCACUGGAACAGUACCAAGAGAGUUGGGAAACAUAACAGGCCUUGCAGCAAUAUAUCUCGGAUACCUGCAUUUGGAAGGAGAGAUACCAGUGGAGCUAGGUAAUCUUAUGGAACUAGAGACUAUUGAAUUAGACUCAAAUGAAUUUACUGGUUCGGUCCCAGCAAGCAUUUUCAACCUGACAGCACUGGAGAGCCUAGGACUUGUACAAAACAAACUUUCAGGUACUCUACCUUCAUAUUUAGGCCGUGGAACGCCCAACCUAAAAGUGUUUUACUGUGGAUUUAACAAUUUGAGUGGUUCUAUCUCUCCUACAAUCUCAAAUUCUUCAAGACUCAGCAUACUUGAUCUCUCAAGCAAUAGUUUCGCUGGUCGAAUUCCUGAAUCACUUGGUAACUUAGAGUACCUUGAGCUUCUGAAUUUGCAGAUCAAUAAUUUUUACAGCGAUUUAACGAUGAGCUUUCUGACGUCUUUGACGAAUUGUAGGAAACUAAGAGUAGUAAGUUUUUCUGCGAAUCCAAUAGAUGGGGUUUUCCCUUCAGCUGUAGGUAAUUUCUCUGACUCUUUGCAAAUUUUUGAAGGAGGGGCUUGUAAUCUGAACGGAAUCAUUCCUAAAGAAAUUGGUAAUCUUACUGGAGUGACAAGGAUGAAUCUGGUAGACAAUGCGUUGACCAGAUAUAUUCCAGAUACUAUUCAUGGCAUGUUGAACCUUCAAGAACUUUACCUAGAUAACAACAAGAUAGAAGGAACCAUACCAGAUGUAAUCUGCAAUUUAAAGAAUCUUGGUGCAUUAAACUUGUCAGGAAAUCAGUUUUCUGGUUCUGUGCCGCGAUGCUUAGGGAAUGUUACUAGUUUGAGGAAAAUUCAUCUAGCUUACAACAGGCUGAAUUCGAGAUUACCUGCAAGCUUGGGGAGCAUUCGAGAUCUCAUAGAAUUUGAUGUGUCAUCCAAUUUAUUAAGUGGGAAAAUUCCACUGGAGAUCGGAAACUUUAAGGCUGCAACACUCAUUGAUCUGUCAAAGAAUAAUUUUUCAGGUAAUAUCCCUAGUACUACAGGGGAUCUAGAUAAAUUGAUUAGUCUCUCUCUAGCACGUAAUAGAUUGUAUGGGCCUAUUCCAGAUUCAUUUGGGAAAAUGUUGUCGUUGGAAUUCUUGGAUUUGUCCUAUAACAAUCUUAGCGGAGAAAUUCCAAAGUCUUUAGAAGCUCUUGUGUAUCUCAAACACCUGAACUUCUCAUUUAACAAAUUCACCGGAGAGAUCCCCACGGGUGGUCCUUUCGCAAAUGCCAAUGGUCAAUCUUUCUUGUAUAAUGAUGCACUCUGUGGUGAUCCUAAGUUUUAUGUAUCACCAUGUGUCAUCAAAUCUCCCAAGAGGAAAAAGACAAUCUUGGUUCCGUACAUCCUUUUGGGAGUCGGCCUCCUAUUUCUUGCAUUAGCGCUCGCAUAUAUAAGAAUGCGAAAGAUAAAGAAGAAUGUUGGUCAAGCAGAUGUCUGUCCAGUAAAAGGGCAUGAAAGAAUUUCCUAUUAUGAACUUGAACAAGCAACAGAAGGAUUCAGCGAAAGCAAUUUGCUCGGUAGUGGGAGCUUCAGUAAGGUCUACAAAGGGAUACUUACGGAUGGAACUCUUGUGGCAGCAAAGGUAUUCAACGUGGAAUUGGAGGGUGCAUUCAAAAGUUUUGAUACAGAAUGUGAGGUUUUGCGAAACCUCCGCCAUCGAAAUCUUACUAAAGUCAUCACUAGUUGCUCCAACCCUGAUUUCAAAGCCGUAAUAUUGGAAUACAUGCCUAAUGGGACACUUGAAAAAUGGCUGUACUCUCAUAACUUCUUCUUAGACAUAAUGCAGAGAUUAGAUACAAUGAUAGACGUUGCAUCUGCAAUGGUCUAUCUCCACAAUGGCUAUACAACAACCGUUGUGCAUUGUGACUUGAAGCCAAGCAAUGUCUUGCUAGAUCAAGAAAUGGUUGGCCAUGUUAGUGAUUUUGGCAUUGCAAAAUUGUUAGGUGCGGGGGAGACUUUUGUUCAAACAAGAACAAUUGCAACCAUCGGAUAUAUCGCUCCAGAGUAUGGACAAGAUGGUAUAGUAUCCACACGCUGCGAUGUCUAUAGUUUUGGCAUCCUAAUGAUGGAGACGUUUACCAGAAUGAAACCCAGUGAUGAACUAUUUUCCGGAGACUUGAGCCUACGAAGUUGGGUUGCUGAUUUUUUUCCCAGUGGAAUUCAUCAGGUUGUGGAUGCUAAUCUGGUACGACCAGGGGAAGAACGAACCGACAGAAAGAUGCAGUGCCUGAUAUCUAUCAUGAAACUAGCUUUGAGUUGCACCGUAGUGACACCUGAUGCAAGAAUUAGCAUGGAAGAUGCUCUUUCAACACUUAAAAAGACUAGGCUCCAGUUUAUUAGUAAUCGACGCUAGGUGGAACGAGCCUAUCAGCUCUUCAAUUUUUCUCGAUUACCUAUGUCGGUUGUGCUAAAGCUUUCAAUUACGUUCAGGUACUUAACUUUGUUGAUUCACGGAUAUUGUAGGAAACAACUAGUUUCUUGAUAUGCAUAGUUUUGAUGAUA